GAGCUUCUCGCCAAAACCGAAUUCAGCAACCUCAGCGGAUCGAUCAAGGACCGAGUCGCUCAGCGGAUCCUCGCCAAUUUGCAGGUUGCUAACAAGAUCAAGGGUGAGUCGACCACUCUAGUUGUCCCCAGCAGCGGCAACUUGGUCAUCAGUCUCGCACUCUUGUCUCCUCAGAAUGGUCAUUAUAAGGUCAUUGGCCUCGUCCCCGAGAGAACUAGCCUGGAUAGGAUCCAGUUGCUUAAGUCGCUGAGCGUGGAGAUCGUGCGCACUCCAAUUGAAGCCCAUGCAGAGUCUGCAGAGUCCCAAUUCUCGAUCGCCAAGAAGAUUGCUACGGAUCUGCCCAAUGCCAUUCUGGUUGAUGAGUUCGCGGACGGUGCCAACGUACAGGUCCACAGCCAAGAGACCGCAGAUGAGAUUCUUAUUCAGUGCGAAGGGCGCCUGGAUGUUCUAGUCGUGGGCGUGGAAACCGGAGGAACGAUCACUGGUCUUGCAAGGACCCUGAAGGCUAAGAUUCCUGGACUGAAGGUCGUCGGAGUGGAACCAGAGCACUCUUCUGUGCAUGAUGGCGUCAUCAGAACGGGCGCUUGGAAGGUCGAAGAUAUCGGAGGCAACUUCACGCCCUCGAUCCUGGAUAAGGGUCUUGUGGACGAAUGGAUUCAGGUCUCUGAUCAGGAUUCUUAUUCCACUGCACGGCAACUCAUUCGCGAGGAAGGCGUGUUUUGUGGUCCUUCUUCUGGAACCGUUGUCGCUGCUGCAUUGCGCUAUUCUAGAUCGCUUUCCAAAGAGGGCGCUCAAAAACCCCGGGUAUUGACUAUCCUGAACGACACUGCGCGCAACUACUCGUCAACAUUGCUCUCGGAUGACUGGCUGUUGGAGCACGACUUGAUGGACGAGACUAUGGCUAAAUCUGCCGCAUACCACCGUCAUGAGAAAUACCGCGCUGCCAGUGUGGAGGAUCUUCAGCUACCCGCUGCUGUCACUAUCCCUCCAACAGCGACUGUGGGAUAUGCACUGGAUCUGAUGCUGACCAGAGAGUUUUCGCAGUUGCCUGUCAUUAAUCCCACAAACCGCAAGUUGAUGGGAUACAUCUCUUUGACGUCCCUGACGACUCUCAUGGAGGAUGGUCGGGCACAAGAGUCGGAUUUAGUCUCCAAGUGGAUGUACUCGUUCCUGAAGAAGGGCAAGAAGGGCGGUGCUCCCUCGACGUACGAGACUAUUACGCCCAAUACCCCAUUGGCAGAUUUAUCCAAGUUCUUUGAGAAGCAUUCGUUUGCUGUGGUCACGGAUGACGACCGUCGCUGGUGCUUGGGCGUUGCAACUAAAUACGAUCUGAUGACCUUUUUGAACCGUCGCCAGAGCAGUGGAAGGGCCUUUUAG